CAGGAGACAGGAUAGCUGACAGCAUUUUCUUUGUUUCUGGUUAGAGCUUUAGAGAAACCUGAGCACCUCUCACUGCUUAGAAUCAAAAACUAACUAAAAUAAAGAUUACUGAGCCAGAGGAAGAGCUAUCCAUGGAGGACAGCCCCACUGUGGUUAAACUGGACCAGGGUGGAAAUCAGGGUCCACCAGUUCGCAAGAGAAGAUGCCUCCCCAAGGCACUUGGCUACAUAACUGGUGAUAUGAAAGAAUUUGCCAACUGGCUUAAAGACAAACCCCAGGCGCUCCAGUUCGUCGACUGGGUCCUUCGGGGCACAUCCCAAGUGGUGUUUGUCAGCAACCCCAUCAGCGGAAUCCUGAUUCUGGUGGGACUCCUGGUCCAGAACCCCUGGUGGGCGCUCAGUGGCUGUGUGGGAACUGUGGUCUCCACCCUGACAGCCCUGUUGCUCGGUCAGGACAGGUCCUCCAUUGCAGCAGGGCUCCAGGGCUACAAUGCCACCCUGGUGGGAAUCCUCAUGGCUGUCUUUUCAGACAAGGGAAACUAUUUCUGGUGGCUGUUAUUCCCUGUAUCUGCUAUGUCCAUGACUUGUCCAAUUUUGUCAAGUGCGUUGAACUCCGUGUUCUGCAAAUGGGACCUCCCUGUCUUCACUCUGCCCUUCAACAUGGCGUUGUCAAUGUAUCUUUCUGCCACGGGACAUUACAAUCCAUUUUUCCCAAGCAAAUUGUUCACACCUGUAACCUCAGUUCCCAAUGUCACCUGGUCUGACCUCAGUGCCCUGCAGUUACUGAAGUCCCUGCCCGUGGGUGUUGGCCAGAUAUAUGGCUGUGAUAAUCCGUGGACAGGGGGCAUCUUCCUAGGCGCCAUCCUCCUCUCCUCCCCACUCAUGUGCCUACACGCUGCGGUUGGGUCGUUGCUGGGGAUGGCAGCAGGCCUCAGUCUUUCAGCUCCAUUUGAGAACAUCUACGUUGGACUCUGGGGUUUCAACAGCUCUCUAACCUGCAUUGCAAUUGGAGGAAUGUUCAUGGCACUCACCUGGCAAACCCACCUCCUGGCUCUUGCCUGCGCCCUGUUCACUGCCUAUGUUGGAGCCAGCAUGUCCAACCUGAUGGCUGUGGUUGGAUUGCCAUCUUGUACCUGGCCCUUCUGUUUGGCGACACUACUAUUCCUCCUGCUGACCACGAAAAAUCCCAACAUCUAUAAGAUGCCCCUCAGUAAAGUCACUUAUCCUGAAGAAAACCGCAUCUUCUACCUACAAGCCAAGAAAAGGAUGGUUGAAAGCCCUUUGUGAAUGCAACCCCCAUCCACAGCCAUGGUCACAAGUCAUUUCUGACUAACUGCCCCAGUUGACUUCGAGGGUCUCAAAACUGUUGUUUUUACUAGUAACAAAUUUUAUACUAAGCCAUCGGUGAUCUGUUCUUUUGCUCAUUUUGUAUUUUUCUUUCAGACUCCAAAACAUGCCCAAACAAGUGACAAGACACAUCAAGGUGAUGUGCUCUGGCUACGGAAUUUUAAACCCCAGUGGGGCAUUGGCACUAAGACUGUACUGUAUUUAUAAAGUCAGAAUGGUCCACCAGAAAGAGGAAGUAAGACCAAGGCUAAUUAUUGAUAUUUAUUGAUAUUCUUGGUGUUUGGUUGUACAUGAUGUUAACAGUAUUAAAAAAUUAAUCUCUAUAAACCAACUAAGCCUUAAGUGAAUGGAAUUCAGAGUCACAAAAUCAAAGUCAACCCAGAAUUCUCAGAUAAGCCAUUUGGCUUAUUUAAAAUCAAUGCAAGUUACACAUUACAGCUGUGGUCAACAUCGCAGGGCCCAUCACUGAGCUCUUUCCCCAGCUCCUCAGCAGAACCGCCUCCAUGCUGUCCCAUGAGUGUGACAUUCUCUUACAGGAGAUGGUCGGUUUGUUUCAGGCUGGCAGAGCUGCAGGAGGGAGAAUGGGAUCCCAUCCUUCAAAAUUAUUCUGUAUUGUCACUUUUCUUGGAUAUUGCAAAGGAUUUUUUAGGUAGUUUAUUAUCUUUUUUUUUAGGAGAAUAGAUUUGUUUUCAAUGAGGUAAAAUAAGAGAAGUUCCUGGCUUUACCAGUUCCUUGGUAUUAAAAAAAAAAUUACAUUUUUCUAAAAUACUCAGCAUAGCUAUUUUUACUUUAAUCUACCUAAACUGAUUUUGUAAAUGCCACAAAAGCAGAGAAUCGAAUACCAAAUCAUCAACAUCCAAGGGCCCUUUAAAGUCACAUUUUCAAUUCAUUUAAGGAUGUCAUAUAUUAUAAAGACUGAAAGUUAAUGCCAGAUUGCUUCUGGGUGUUUAGAAGUUGUUUAAUUCUUACUUUUAAAAACAAUCACUAUUUUCUGCACACUUACAAUAUUCUCACUCAGAAACCAAUGGUAUUUGAACCAUCAAAAAGAAAUACAGGUAGGGGGCUUCCCUGGUGGCACAUUUUCCCUGCCAAUGCAGGGGACACGGGUUCAAGCCUUGGCCCGGGAAGAUCCCACAUGCCGCAGAGCAACUAAGCCUGUGCGCCAUAACUACUGAGCCCAUGUGCCACAACUACUAAAGCCUGCACACCUAGAGCCCCUGCUCCACAACAAGAGAAACCACCGCAAUAAGUCCACGCACUAAAACGAAGAGUAGCCCCCGCUGACCACAACUAGAGAAAGCCCGCGUGCAGCAACAAAGAUCCAACGCAGCCAAAAAUAAAUAAAAAUAAAAUAAAUUUAUUUUUUUUAAAAAGAGAAAUACAGGUAAAGAAGUCUCCUGUUUUGCUUUGUUUGUGUAAGUUAUCAGUCCUAUAAAGAUUCUAUAACCAAACAUGCUGAAGAUGGCAGUGGGAAGCUCCGGAAUUUUGGAGAAUUGGAAAGUGACACUGGAAUCCUAAAGGUGUUUUCCUCUUUGGGUUUGAAGUUCAGUGCAAACUAUACAGUUUGCUGAAUGAACAAACAGAAGAAGGGAAGUAAACCUACAAAUAUUGUAGGGAAAAGUUCACUUCUUCAUUUUCUCAGGGAAACACUGUUCCAAUUUAAAAACCCUGUGACCAAAGCCUUUUGAAACCAUGACUUUGCAGCUGUCAUAGAGUCAUGUAUAUUCCUGUGGAAAAACUAAAUUUUCAGUGUUGGAACUGAAAUCUCCCUUGUUAGGGAAUUUGUAAAAUAAGAGUCGGGAAGGGGGGACAAAAAUGCAAGCAGACCAAAGAUCACCAGGACUGGAGACCCUGGGGCAUGGUUGAGGGAACCAGAGCCUCUCAGUGUCUCCAAGUCCGUGUUCACAGGGAAACCAUAGCGGGCUGACCACACGCCCUUUUCCCAUGUGCUCACACAGACUUGUAAAUAGGAACAUUUUAAAACCUUGUACAUUGUCUAAUUUAAAUAGUAUUCAUUUUCUCAAGCUAUUUUUGUUGCUAAGUAUUAUCCUAAUAAUUUUAGUGAAUAUUUUAUUGAUUUUCCUACGGAGCGUUUGUAUUCUUUUC